AGCGUUUUUAUAAAUUGCAUAAUUUUUACUUACAUUUCUGUUGUUUGAUGUUUGCAUCAUUGUUGUACCAAGCGACGUCCCGAUAUUUUGUUACUAUCACUGCUAAUAAAUUCUUAGAAAGAUGAGAAAUUAUUAAGGUAUAAAAAUUAUAUCAAGAAUGACACAUCAGAACAGUUCCAAUUCAGCAAAUCUGCAUCAAGAAAAUAACAAAACAGAAGAAAAAGAUAAUAUCAUGAAGUGGAGGAAAACGAACUUGAAGAACUUAUUAUCUAGAUUAUCCUCGAAAGAUAUAAAUUUGAUUGAAACGACCAUCAUCAUGAUUAGCUUGUUGGGAAGCUUUAUAAUGGUUUUACCAUACACUGUUAUCCAACUUGGCUUACCUAGUUGGCUAUUGCUACUUGCCGUUAUAAUAUUGCUUUUAGCAUACACAAACCAUUUAAUGAACCAAUCAUGUUUACGCAUGCUUGAAGAAUAUAAGGAUGAAAAGUUGGUGCGUGCACCACAAGUUAAAGUUGCUAAGUUAGCAGGUGGUAAUGUAUUGGCAUAUGCUGUUGCCAUAACUAUUAAUAUCACAUGUGUUAGCAUUGCAGUUGCUCAAAUCUUGGUUUCAUCCACAAUUCUUAGCGAAAUUGUUCCGAUAUCUGGAGUGUCUGUGGACAACAGAGUGAGAAUUUGGGCUAUUGUCCUACUGGUAUGCAUAUCUCCGCUUGUGUAUAUUGGUUUUUACAAGGAUUUAAAACAAAGUGCUCUCCUAUCUGCUUUAUUUGUAGUAUUGGGUUUACUUCUUUCUCUUGGGAUCACUGGUUAUUUAGUAUUAAAAGGAAACCAUUCUGUAGUAGCAAAAAGUACUUUGUAUCGUUAUGAACAUGAGAGCUUUUUUAAAACAUUUGGAACAAUGUUUUACACAAUAGGGGGCAUUGUAUUAGUAACUCCUGAGGUAAUUGUGUUUGUGACGAAACCAACCAAGAUGGUUUAUUGCGUUCUAUCUGCAUAUGGUGUGAUUGCAUUCGUGUAUACAGGAUACUGCAUUAUAAUGUAUUCAGCAUUUAGUAUGCAACUUCAGCCAUCCAUGACUGCCACACUUCUUAAGGCAAUAUUGCUGAAUGGAAAUUCAACCAUGGCAGUUAUAUGCAUCCAUAUAUUACAGCUAAGUUUGUGUUUGCACUUAAUGUUGUCAACAGUUUUGUAUCUUAAUCCAUUCUUUACAAACGUGGAAGCAAACCUCAACAUUCCUAUAGAAAUGAAUUGGAAAAGAUUUGCUUUCCGAACCUGUGGAUUGUUGACAAUUGCAGCAGUUUGCCUUUUAAUUCCAAAAUUUCAGUCAGUGUUAUCUCUAGUCGGUGGUAUUCCUUUGGUAAUGUCAGUUGUGAUAUUUCCAAUUGUUAUAUAUGCAAAGUUGUAUGAACUAACGCUGAACAAAAAGGUUUUAUUGGUUUGUUUAUGGUUAUUUACCGUUAUCUGUAUGGUCGGAAAUUUUGUGAUUAAUCUGCAGGAUAUUGUCACUGGUGUGCCGAAUUAGUAGUUUAGCUAUAGUCCGUUGCCAGCUUAUCGUAAUACUCUGAAAAUAUUAUUUUAAGAGUGGUAAUUAUACUCAGGUCGAAUGACAAAGUUUUUUUCCAUAGCUAAAAGUCGCAGAUUAUUUGUGCCCUAAAUUACUUAUAAUACAAGUGAUAAAAUGUGAAAGAUAAAAUGUGAAAAUACAAGAAAAUUUUUCCUUUGUACCUUUUAAAAUUCAUAUUACAGUUAGGAAUAAUUAAUGGUGUAAUAUUUAAUGUGAAAAAAUAUUUGUUAAAAAUGUUUUUUAAAAUAUUUAAUACUUUGAUUUAAAUUUUAUGUUUAGUAUCAUUGAGUCGGUGUGACAUGUAGCUUAGUGGCAUUAUUGCUAUCGUGAAA